AUGUCCAAUCUUUCAUCCCUUUUCUCUAAACUCAAAUAUAAUGAAACAGCCCAAUUCUUACUACCUCUCUUCGUUGGUACCUAUUCAAUUGUGUUGGUUGGGCAAGCUCUUAAAAAAUCACCUCCAAAGAAAUCGGAACGUGUGGUUGCACGUCAAAAUGCCUAUGACACUCUGAGAGAGAUCGAUGCCGAUAUUCAAUCUUCGGUCAAAAAACUCUCAGCUGAUGAAUUUAAAAAUAGAGAUGAAUUGAUUAAUGUUGUUUGUUCAAAGCAAAUUCCAAUUCUUCAACCAGCUUGCCAAUCACUCUUUGGUAGAUAUUAUCAUUCAUAUAAAGUCGGAAAGGGAGCUGACUUGGAAGAAUUUAAAAGAGUCGUAUUGAAGAAGUAA